AUAUAUGUAUAUAUCCUGUAAUAAUUGUAGCAACUAAAAUUAUCAAUAAAGACUUGGUCUCUGCAGAUCUCUAGUAUGUUUAAGACCUUAGUGAAGCAGCUGUUUAUUAUCGUUGCCUUCGAAUUUUCAAUUGACCGGCUGUAGAGAGAAUUGAAAAAUCACAAGUGUGAUUUUUUAAAAGAAUAUCUUGUUUUUGCUUGCAGUGCAGUGUUUUUAUAAUUUCCAUUUAUUUUGUUAUAACGCUAUUUGUGAAUUAUUUCCACAUCUAAAAAACAUCAUUUCACAUCAAAAAUGGCUGGGCGACCAAGACGUAAAGCAGCUGUUAGAGCCACACAAAUAAUAGAAAUAUCUGAUUCCGAUGAUGAUGUACAUAUAACAACAAGGAGAGGACGUGACAGCUCAUUUUCUCCACCACCGACUAAGUCUGCACGUAUAGAUACUGCAGCACGUUCAUUAGCUGUAAGAGAAGUCGCUACCCCAAGUACAACUUCAAGGAAACGUUGGCCCACCGAAAAAACUAAGAGUAAAAUUUCACAAGCAUCGGAGAAGCGUGCCAAAAAGGACAGCAAGGCAACCUCAAAAUCAAAGGAUAAUACCAAAAAUAGUGCAACAAAUGAAACUGAAAAUGUAGAAGUAUUGCAGCAAGGAAACGAAGACCAACAAAAGGCAUUGGAAGUUGAACAUCAGCAAGAUCCUGUAGAAACGAUAACGGAUGGUCAAUGUCUCUCGAAUGGUAACAAUAAACCGGCACGCGAUUCUACCACUAAUACGGGUCGCAGUUCAUUUUGGGCACGUCGAAAGGUUUGGCGCGUCGAUGAACUGCUCGCCGAAAAAGAGAACGUUGAGCCCUGCACUGCUAAAAACAUCGUACAGUUGUUAGAAAAUGAGAAUACCAUACCAUUCAUUUGUCGCUAUCGACGUGAUUUAAUUAACCACAUAACGCCUGAAAGACUGCGUGAUAUAAAAAAUUCAUACACCGAAAUUGUAGAGUUGCGCAAACGUGCUGAAACGAUCGUCACACAAUUGGAGAAAGAGCAACAAAUAGGCGAUGAAGUUCGUACAGAGAUUUUAUGCGCAAAAAGUAACGAAGAAUUGGAAUUUUUGUAUGCACCUUAUAAACCUGCAAGCAAAGGCUCACUAGCCGAACGGGCUAAAGCUCUUGGUUUGAGUGAUGCUGCGGAUCGUUUGUUAUUCGGUGAAGCUCCAGAAGUACGUUUGGAAUCACUUAUAGAUCGCAAUAAUGCAGACUUAGAAAAUGUAGAGAAAGUACUACAAGGUAUUUGUCACAUCAUUUCGCACAAUAUCAGCAAACAUACAGGUGUUUUGGAAGAGUUGCGACGGCUUCAAAAAGUGCACCGCAUAGUACUUAAGUGUACCAAAUCCAAAACGCCCGGCACAUCAGCCGUUACCAAAUCGUCAACCUCACUGAAGAGCCAAUUGAAUAAUAAUACAGUACAUUCCAAGAAUAAAACGGAUGCGUCCAAGUAUGAGACAUAUUACGACUUCCAACAAGAUGUGCGUUAUUUAAAGCCACAUCAGGUGCUCGCCAUCAAUCGUGCAGAGAAGCAAAAGUUUCUAACUGUUAAGAUAGUCACUGCUGAUUAUAUAAAAAAUGAUAUCAAACGGUUUACGCGAGAGCUCUUUAUGAAUGAAGGUCUGCGUUACCCACUGCGCAAUCAGGUGUUCGAACAGGCAUUCGAGGAAUGCUACAGUAAAAAAUUGCAACCGCUUCUGUCCCGUCAGCUGCGCAGUGACCUGAAUGAAUCCGCCAAAAAAGCUGCUAUCGAUGUUUUUGCGCAAAACCUGAAACAAUUAUUGCUGCAAUCGCCACUUAAAGGUGAACGCAUUCUCGGCAUUGAUCCAGGUUUUACCAAUGGUUGCAAAAUGGCGUUAAUCUCCGAGACAGCAGAUGUUUUGGAAACUGGUGUGAUGUAUCCGCAUGCUCGCAGCAGUAACGCUGAAGAGGUAGGCGAGCAAUUAGCCAAAUUACUAGCUAGACACAACUGCAAAAUAAUCGCUGUGGGCAACGGCACGGCCUGUCGUGAGACGGAGUUUUGGCUUUCCAACCUAUUUGAUGUGGGCAUUUUAGAUAAAAAUAAUGUGCGGUAUAGCAUUGUUUCCGAGCAAGGCGCUUCCAUAUACUCGUGUAGCGACGUAGCCCGUCAAGAAUUUCCAAAUAUGGAUAUGAAUGAGAUUAGUGCAGUCUCCAUCGCACGUCGCUUAAAUGAUCCGCUGAGUGAAUAUGUGAAAAUUGAGCCACGACACAUUGGUGUUGGUAUGUACCAGCAUGAUGUGCCCGAAAAAACGUUGAACGAGGCGCUGAAUGAGGUGGUUUCUGAGUGUGUAAGUUUUGUGGGUGUGGACAUCAACACAGCAAGUUUGAGUGUGUUAAAGCAUGUAGCGGGCUUGAGUGAGAAGAAAGCGCAAAAAAUCAUUGAACAUCGUUCAAGUAACGGUCCAUUUCAAACGCGCAAGGAUCUGUUGAAAGUAAAGUCCAUUGGUGAAAAGACAUUUGUACAAUGUGCUGGUUUUAUACGCAUCGAACCUUUGAGUGUGGGUGGAAAAAUUGAAAAUCUGUUGGACUGCACUUGGGUGCAUCCAGAGAGUUAUGCUGUUGCCAAAAAAGUUAUAAGCAAAUGCAAUUUGUUACUCAAAGACAUCGGGAGUACACCGUUUAUCUGCAAAGUUAAAGCAUACGCCUUGCAAUGCGAUAUGGAAGAGCUGGCAGAUAAUUUUCAAAUACCAAAAGAGCGUGUCGAUGUUGUGUUAAUGGCCUUACAACGCGAGCUCACGCAAGAUUAUCGUGCAGAGUUCGCCAAACGUCCGCUUUUCAAGCAAGGUUUAACGCGUAUAACUGAGCUCAGUGAGGGCGAUGUUCUGACGGGUGCCGUCUCAAACAUCACACACUUUGGCGCUUUUGUUGAUAUUGGCGUUGAAUGUAAUGCGCUUAUACACAUAAGUAAAAUGAAGAAUAGAGAGCUAAGUGUAGGCGAUCGGGUAACUGUAUCAAUUAUUCAAAUUGAUAUACCGCGCAAACGGAUUGGUGUACGUCUGGAAGAUACGAUAAAGGAGACCGACACUUCGUUUUCUUUGACCUAAUUUAGAUUAAAGCUUAGAAUUUGGUUACUAGAAUAUAAAUAUUCUUAUAUUACAUACA